CCGGCUUGUUUAAUAUUUAGAAACUAAAGUGACCUCGGAAUUUUGAUCAUGGUGAAAUCAGAGAGAUUUUGAAUAAUCAGUAAGGCUUACAUAAGCUGGUCACCAUGGAUACAACCAAAGAUAGAAAUCGUUACCUAAAGCAGAUAGAAAAUGCUUGUGAAAAUUUAACCAGUGAAAAUGAUGAUUUUAUCUUUGUGACAAUGAACACAGACAGUAAGACAUCACACUCAAUGGGAACACAAAUUGGAAUGGAUUUUCUGAACCAGCAAUUAAUGGUGGAUUCUGGAGAGAGUAGCAUCCUGAAAAUGUUCAGCAAAUUUGUAAAAGAUCAGUACGGUGGACAAGAAAUUGACAUUAGUACUGAACAGAAGAUUGUUACUAAACUAUCACAAAAUGUGAAUGUGGACACCUCUGCUGUUGAAAUGAGAAUUGUUGUAAAUGACAAACUAGAUGCAUCUCCGACGGAGUUGAUUCACACAGAACUGUUGACAUCAGACAGUAUUGGAAAUAACUCACAGUCUAAUUUAUACAACAUAGCUGAUGCAGAAAAAGGAACAAUUGAUCAGAAAGAGGCUGACAUAGAAUCUAAUCAGAAAGCUCCUAGGGCUGACAGAGAAAAUGGUCUUUCAGCCAAUCAAGAUGCUUCUCCUAAGCAGAAUCCUGACCAAAUUGAUAAUGAACCUGAAUUGUGCGGUGACAUGAAUAAUAGAAAACAACAAACAGUGUGUAAGACUGUAAGGAGAAUUGGACGACCAAAGAAAGAGGACAAAGCAAGUUUUACAGAUAGUGAAGUAAGAAAAAAGCAGGUGUUAGGGAAAACAGAGGGAACAUCUAAUGACCAGAUUGGUACUGCAGACAAGAAAUCACCAAAUAAAACUGUAGAUAAAGAAGAGAAGACAAAAGUUAUGGCAGGGAAACCAGGAAGAAAAUCUGCAGAUAUUAAAACACCCAAAGCAUCAAAACCUACUGCAGUUUUGACUUCAAGAAGUGGGAGAAAAGUUGUACUGCCAAAAUGGUUACAGGAAAAUUACCAAGACGUCAAAGAAAUUAAAAAAGAACCUGAAGAUCUUGAUGACUCAUAUGGUGGUUUAAAUGUAAGCAAGAGUGAUGAGGAUACUUUGGUUAAAGCAGGAAGCAGAUCAUCUAAAGAAAAAAUGAAACAAGAAAUGGCUAAUGAUUAUCCCUCUGCUGGAGAAAAAACAUUUGGGAAGAGAAAGGGUAUUGAUAAGGAACCAGAUAAGAAGUUUACAAAGAACCAGUCAAAAACUGGUUCUGUUAGAAAGUCUAAUCUACAGGAACCAGGACAGAUUCAUCAAGAAAUAGGUUCAAAAAGGAAAUUUGAAGAUUCAAUUGAAAUUGGUGAAUCACUUGAACCAGAUAAAAGUAAAAUGAUGAAAAAAGAUUUUGAAUCAGACAAUGAAGAGGAAACAGAAAAUGGAGAGAAUGUAAAAGUCCUGAAGGAAGAAAACAUAAAUAUAGAACAGUCAGUUGCAAGUGUCCUGUUUGAAAAAGUGCAAAAACAUGGAGAAGACAAUGAAAAUGAUGAAUCAGUUUUAUAUGAAGGAAUCAUGAGCGAUAGUUCAGAUGCUGAGAAUGAAGAAAAUGAAAUAAAAGAUGAUGAUGAAGAUGAUUUUGAAGUUGUUGGGGAUGAAUCUGAUACCAAAGAGGACAAUGAUACUGGUGAAAAUACAAAGCCAUCUUCUCAGACUUCUGGUCGCUGGUCUUGUGGUGUUUGCAAUGCUAAAGCCAAGAAAUGUUGGUUGGUUCGUAGGCACAUGAGAAGAAUGCAUGACCUUGGUAAUGAUGACUUCAAGCCAUGUCGCCAUUGUAGGAGAGUGCUAGCUAAUGAAGAAUGUAACAGAUGCCUUGUAAAGGAGGUGAAAAAUUACAUGUGUGAUACUUGUGGAAGUGUAUUUAAUACAAAAGCCCAACUUUCCAGGCACGAAGAAAUCCAUUUGACUGAAAAAGAGGUUCCUUGUCCUUUGUGCAACAAGAAAUUUAAAACAGAGAGGUACGUCAAAAUGCAUGUUUAUAACACACACAAGAAGCGAUAUGGGAAAGCUCUAUCAGCACAGACAGAGCCAGGUGUAUGUGACAUAUGUGGGAAAUGGUUCAGGUUCAAAUGUAAUGCGGUACGCCACAGAGAAAUCCAUUUCGAAGAAAAGCGAUUUGAUUGUAACAUAUGCCAAAUGAAAUUCCGUCACAGCAGUUCUUUGAAACGUCACAUGAUUUCACAUCAACAGAAGUCGGAAAACAUGUAUGUAUGUGAACAAUGUGGGCGUUCAUUUAAAAUGAGGCAGACUUUACUUCAGCACCAUAGGGUGCAUGUAAAACAGCCAUUCCUAAAAUGUGAAUAUUGUCCUAGGGAAUUCCGUACCUACAAAGGUAAAAAAUAUCACAUUCUUAAAGACCACAUUGACAAAGCUGGAGACUUCAGUUUUAAAUCUUAUAUUUGUGAACAUUGUGGUAAACCAUCCUCAAGUAAGAAUGAAUAUGAAGAGCAUCUAAAAAAUCAUGAUGAGAGUAGAACUCAUGUUUGCUCAAUUUGUGGAACAAGAUGGGAGACAGUUGCUCAACUAAAAGCCCAUAAGAAGAAACAUAACGUUACCCCUUUCCGUUAUAGAUGUAAAGUCUGUAAUAUUCCGUUCAAAGAAGCUUCUAAAGUGCGAGCUCAUAUUCUGAAGGACAGUCACUUGAAAAACUGUGCUGCUAAGGGCUUGGACCGUACCAUUGAUAAAGUGUCAGAUUUAACAAACACAGAAAUCGUAGAAAUCAUCGAAUAUGAUUAUGAUAUGACUUUCCGCAGUGAAGAGGACCUUCAGUUGGAAAUUGAAGCUAGUACUUCUGCCGAGAUACAUGAAAUACCAGAUGAAAUAAAAGUCAUCCAUAUUGAGCAAAACGAAUUUGACGGGACAGGUGCUCAGACUGUGCAAAUUCUGAAUGAAGAGGGAGUUGAAAUCAUGUAUGAUGAAAUCAGUUUGCCGCAGGAAGAGAUUACAGUCGAUGGAAACCAAGUGAUCUACCAGGUUGAAAUCGAUGGACAGAAUGCUAUAAUUUGUGACACUUUAACUUCUCAAGCUGUUGAAUCAAUUCUUAAAUUACAGAGUCAGUCUUAAUUACUGUAAAUUCAGAAUUUUUUUUGUCCAUGGUCCAUUUAUUAUUGCGGAAAAUGCUGCAUACAAAUACUGCUUUCACAAUUUAACACAAUGAGAGUUUUUGUUUGUGUGAAUCAUAUCCACAUGAUCCAAUUGCAAUUUUCUCAAUAAUAAAAUCAUCUCAAACCUU